GCGCUGCGGGUGCGGGCGGCACGGCGCGGGUACCCGAGUGAGCUGCUGCACGUCUUCAGCCUGCUGCCAGCCUUCCUGGUUAAGAUGAGCAGCGACGUCCUGGACGUGGCACUGAGGCUUCCACGUGUGGACUAUGUAGAGGAGGAUGCGUACGUCUUUGCACAGAGCAUCCCCUGGAACCUGGGCAGGAUCGUACCACCACUGCCCGGCACAGGCACCUACAGCCCUCCCAAUAAAGGUGACAAGGUGCAGAUCUACCUGCUGGACACCAGCGUGCAGAGCACCCACCGGGAGAUUGCAGGCAGGGUGUUCAUCACUGACUUCCAGAAUAUCCCUGAGGAGGACAGCAGCCGCUUCCACAAGCAGGCCAGCAAAUGUGACAGCCACGGGACCCACAUGGCCGGGGUGCUGAGUGGGCGCGAUGCCGGCGUGGCCAGAGGCACACACAUCCACAGCCUCCGUGUGCUGAACUGCCAGGGGAAGGGAACCAUCAGCGGGACGCUCAUCGGCCUGGAAUUUGUCGGGGCGUUGCUGGAGGCUCAGCCCAGCCCGCUGUUGGUGGUGCUGCUGCCCUUCGCUGGUGCCCACAGCCGUGUGCUGAACGCCGGCUGCCGGAGGAUGGUGCAGAUGGGGGCGGUGGUUGUUGUGGCUGCUGGGAACUACAAGGAUGAUGCCUGCCUGUAUUCACCUGCGUCUGAGCCGGAGGUGAUCACAGUUGGGGCCACUAACCGUGAGGACCAGCCGGCCUCCAUCGGCACGCUGGGCACCAACUUUGGCCGCUGUGUCGACCUGUUUGCCCCAGGGGACGACAUCAUCGGUGCCUCCAGUGAUUGCAGCACCUGCUUCACCGCGCAGAGCGGCACGUCGCAGGCAGCUGCACACGUGGCAGGCAUUGCGGCCAUGCUGCUCAGUGCCGAGUCCCACUUCAGUGUGGCAGAGCUGCGGCAGCGCCUCCUGCACUUGGCCACCAAGAAUGUUGUCAGCAAGGCCUGGUUCCCCGAGGAGCAGCAGCUGCAGACACCCAGCAGUGUGGUGGGGCUGCCUGCUCAGCUGGGCCCAGGUGAGGGCUGGCGGCUGGCAGUGCCUGAAACGUGCUGCGGGCCCUGCACUGACACCUCUCACCCCGUUGCAGAUAAGGAGCUGCUGUGCCGCUCGGUGUGGUCGGCACGCUCAGGGCCCACCGGACAUGCCACAGCCGUGGCUCGCUGUGCCGGCACCGAGGAGCUGCUGGGCUGCUCCAGCUUCUCACACAGCGGCCGGCGGCUGGGCGAGCGCAUGGAGGACAAGGAGGGGCAGAAGCAGUGCGUGGCCCACAGCGCCUUUGAGGGCCGAGGGGUCUACGCCAUCGCCAGGUGCUGCACGUGGCCCCACACCCAGUGCCGGCUCAGCGCCAGCUCACAGGGCGAUGGUGUGGCUGGCUGCUCCUUGCAGGACCACGUGCUGACUGGCUGCAGCUUCCACUCCUCUGUGGCUGUGCUGGGUGACGGCGGCAGGCCCGUGCUGGGGCUGGGCAGCAGGCCUGGUGGCUGUAUGACAAGGCUGCAGGGCACAGCGCAUGCAUCCUGCUGCCCUGCUGCCCUGCUGGAGUGCCGCGUGAAGGAGCUGACGCCCCAGGGCUCUGCAGAGAAGGUGACGGUGUCCUGUGAUGCUGGCUGGACGUUGACAGGCUGCAGUGCUCACUCGCAGGGCCCUGGCACCUUGGGGUCCUACGCUGUGGAUGACACCUGUGUUGCAGCCAGCACUCCUGGCAGCCACGCACCCAAGGCUGUCGCCAUUUGUUGCCGGAGCCAGCAGUAGAUGGCAGGGCACGGCCAUGCCACGGCGCCCAUCACAGCCUGGCUGAGCCCCAGCCCUGACCCCCAGCAUAGGCAGCUUGCUGGCCCUGCCACCAUUUCCCCACCUCAUUCCUGUACAUACAGUGACUGUACAGGCUGUUCGUGUUACCACACAGCUCCUACCUCUAUACCAACAAAGCUCCCUUCUGUCCUUAAGUUUCAGCUAACUGAUGCAACAAAGUUGAGUCAUUUUCGGGUGGUUUGAAAAUUGCCUACUCAGGUACCUGGAAGAUUUCUUCACUUUUCAGCCACUGCAAAGCUCCUAAUUUUAAUUCUGCUUAUUUAAUUAGAUUUUAGCUUGCAAUGCUACGGAAUCAGCUGCUGCUCCAUUAGCGUGGUUUUUGUUGCUGGAGGACCUGCUGGUGUUCCACACUGCUGUAACUGUUCCCUUCCGCAGCUGCAAACAGACCCAGCUGCACUUCCUUAUUGAAAAAAAGAACCGUCUUUUGUGGCACUUCCGUUUGUACUUUCAAUAUUUAUUUGGAGUUUUAUAAAUAAACCUUUUUAUAAAUGUCUUCUAAAAAUAAAAUUCCUAGAGCAGCACUUAACAGAUACGAGCCAC